AUGAUUCUUAAAAUGAAGUUUAUUUCAAUAAUAGUAUAUACAUUAAUAUGGUAAAGUUGGCCAUAUGAUCUCUUGGCACAAUUUUCUUAACACCUGUAGGAACGCCCAUAAUUUAUUUCCAGAAAUUUUAAUUUUCAAAAUUAAUUUGUGCUUGCCAGCUGUUUUGAAAAAUGAAAAUCUCUGUUUAUGGUUUUAGGAUGCCUAAUCAAACUUAGACUGUACAAGGCCUAUUUUUCUGGUAGGUAAUCUACUAGGGUAUAAUGAUAUAUUGUGGUGCAUAAAUAUUACAUCCUUAAUGUAUUUGUGCAGAGGCUUUCCCACACAACAGGGUAUAAUAUCCGAAAGAUGAGAUUUUUUCUCCUGGUAUAGAGAUGAAAGGGGAAAAAUCGGCUAUUGCUGCUGAAAAGAAGUAUGAUCCCUACUAAAAUAUACUCGUGAGAAGAUGAAAAGAAGAUGCUGGAAAGAGGGAAGCCCAUAAGUACUAGUAAGGCUCCUCUUGAUAAAUCGGGACUAUUUCCGACACAGAAUCAGAUGUUGGCUACUAGUUUCCAUUUGUCCGGCAGGUGGACAGAAAAUUCGAUAUUUAAAAAUUUCUGGAAGCUGAACCCCGUUGACUUACGCUUUGGAGACCCAGUAUCUGUGGCGCACAGGCAGCAAGAGCAAGCCCUCAUUCAUGAGAAGCAACAAUAGAAUGGAGGCAAACAAGUCUGGCAAGCAAGCUAGUUGCGUUAUGUAGAUGAUUUGUGGCUGAAAUAUGCCUGCAGGGGUCUUCUCUUGUAAAAUUUGCGUUAAUUCCAAGGCUGUAGGUCUUUAAUGAAUGAAUACCUGGAUAAAGUUCAGCCAAUUUCAAGCAACGCACUAAUUUAAUAAGAUUUAAUUUCAAUAAUUACCACUAAGAUAAAGGGAAGCGAUUCUACUGCACUGACUAAGGUUGAUGCUGAUAUAUAUACUUGCAUUAUAUAAUAUCUUGGACUAUUUAUUAUUUAAACCCAUAAACGUGGGAUUUUCUAUUAUUUCUUAAUUCAUCUGCAUAUAUAUAUAUGUAAAACUUUAAUAAUCAUAAAGAUGUCUCGAAACCAAAUCUCUUUACUAAAAAGCCACAAAAAAACUGAGAUAGCAGAGAAAUUUGCUUGCCUAUAUGAUAUAAAGACACAAUUAAUUACUUUUUUUUCAAAAUCAUUCGGACGAAAAUACUCCUCCAGAUUAAAUUUAAAAGGCCAAAUGAUAUCUGAAAUAGUACUCAAUUCUGUGGUUACAAUGCAAAUGAUAUCAAUUUUUUGAUACCCAACCAUGCCUAUCACCAACUGAAGCUCAUGAGCUACGCUAUGAAAAAUUUUAAUCCCAGAAGGAUUUUUUUUUAAAAAGUCUUUGAUUUUUUAAAUAAUUUUUGACAUGAGAUAACUUGUAAUUUUUAUGCUAAAAAUAGACUUAAUAAGCCAAAAUCGCCUGGAAAAAAAUUAUAAAGAAUACGUUAUGUAAGGAUAGAUGCAUUUUGUGACUAUUUUGGUAUGAUUGAAUAUUGCUUUAUUGGUGCAUCCUCAAUUGUGGGAUCUUGUGUGAUAUUUAUAGUAUUAACUAGCAUUAUUUACUGACACAGCAAGAAGUCAUUAGGCUUUUUAAAUGUAAUAGUUCGUAAAGGAGUGAUAGGAAUAACUAAUUUAGGCUGCAUUCCAAUACAAAUUCUUUGCUGUGUUGUCUUUAAAUACUCAACUUUUAAUGCCUCAAAAGUUCAAGAAUAUGAAAACUAUGAUCUGCAUAAGCUUGAUCUCGGAGUAGCUGGGUCUAUAUUCAGCUUUCUAACGUUAGUUCUCUUGAUUAUUUUAGCUUACCUUGUUGAGCUAUUUGGAACUGAUAUUCGUCAUUCUGUUGUAGGAAAAAAUAUUAUGGCAAAGCCAAAUUCAAAUCUGGAUUUGACUUUAAUUACUCUUUCUACUAUCCAAGUCUUGUUUUACGUUUUUCUUGAUGAGCAGUAUGUAAUUUACUAUCAGUUGAUAUUUCUUUUCAUAACAAUAGCUAUUUGCUAUAGAUGGAUAAAUGCAGUCCCUUAUUAUAGUUCAUACGAGAAUAUAAUUAAAAUAUGCAGAAUCUCAUGCAAAAGUAUAGUCCUCAUAGUUUUCUUAUUAGGCUAUGCAAUGGAUAAUUCACUUGUAGUAUCAAUACUAUCUAUUGUUAUCACUCCAUUAGCGAUGGCUGCCAUUUCUAUGAAACUUUAUAGGAGAUGUGAUUUAUUAUCACCAAGGAAAUUUUUUUUUCUCUCUCAAAUGGAGUUUGAACAGUCCAUUAGGCAUUUGCUUGUUUCUGAAAACACAGAAAAUAAGGAUAAAGUUCUAAAUUUAUUUUCUGAGUGCUAUAAGCCAAGGUCAUUCAGAAAAAAUAAAUUAUUAUCAAUAUGAGAAGCUAAUUACUGUUUAUUUAUAUUGAAAGAUCCAAGAUUGGCUCGAGUUAAGCUCACAAAAUCUGCUUUUACAAAGCCGUGCCUAGAAGGAGAUAUUCAAGAAGACAAAAUUUACCAAAAAUUAGACAAAAAAAAAUCUGAUCUCCCUGAAGUUGAGUAUCUCGACUAUUUAUCUAGCCUUGAAAGUACCAAAGAUAAAGACGAAGAAAUGUGCUAUAUCCUUUUAGACCUAUGAAAUGAGAUUGCUUCUCGAUCUCCUAGAAUAUCAAAAUUAACAAACAUGUUCAUAAAAGUGAAUGACCUCACAAAAACGUUGAAAUCUUCAUAUGAGUCCUUGGCUUCCAAAAAUAAACGUUCUGAUGUUUUUGAUUUAUAUGGGACUUUUUUAGAAAAUAUUUUAGGUGACUAUGAAGGAGGGGAAAUUGUGUUGAAGAAAAAAGUGAAAAUUGGAUCUUUAGAUAUGAUGAUUGGCUACCAAAAAAAGCUAGAGGAUUAUGAUGAAACUCUAUCAAUCAUAUUAAUUUCAGCAAGUUUUGACUCGUUUGGAGUCAUUUCUUAUAUUAACUCAAAAGCAGCACAAAAUUUGAAAACCCAAAAGUCUGAUGCAAUAGGGAUAAAUUUUUCGAGUUUUAUCCCAAAGCCUUAUUGCAAUGACCAUAAUGAAAAUAUGAGAAAACUUUAUAUGAACUGCACAAACACUAUAUUAGAUAAGCCUAAAGAUUUUUUUCUCCAAGACCAAGAAGGCCAUCUCUUUGAAUGCAAUAUUCUUUUCAAGUUUACAAAUUUUAAUUCUAAUCCUUACAUAAUCGCAACUCUUCGGCCUGGUAAUAAACUAAGGCAAAUAAUUUUAGUUUCUGAAGAAGGAGAUAUUUACAGUUUUUCAGCGCUAAUUCCUCAUGUAUUAUCUAUAGAAGAGCAAAACUUAAGAGGGUCUAAUAUAAUGAAGUAUUUCCCAAGUCUUGUUGUUAAAGAUAUGCCUCCAUUUCAACACAAUUUAAAAUGAAAGUUAUAGGUAGAGCCAUGGUCCUAAAGCCGAACUCAGUGAGAGAAGUUUACACCUUCCUGAGGGUUUUGGCGUCAAGAGAAGCGUUCCAAAAACUGAGGCUGGUGUGGCUAGAGAGGUCCAAGGGACUUAGGGAUAUAGAAACUUUAACGAUUAGGCCGGUCUUACCUACCGUUAUUCAGAGCUAUCAAUCCAAGCUAAACCGCAAGACUCUGUAAAAGAGUAAUCUUAUUAGCAUUAACAUACCUCCAUUUGAACCACAAUUUUUGAAAUUCCGAGGAAAGUUAUUAGGAAUAAUCCACUCAAUAAAAAAAGUAAAAAGUACUACAAUUCAUUUGCUGCUAGUAAUCAAUGAUAAAAAAGAAAUAAAAAAAUGGAGAGAAGGACAAGCUGAAGAACAAGUUGAGUAUUUUGGAGGAACUGCCAAUGUUAAAUGGAAAGCAGAAAUGAUUAACGACGAAUCAACCAUUUCUAGUGUAAAUUUUGAAAGAAUAAGAACAAGAUUUGCCACAAAUUAUAUUGCUUCUAUUGAGAAAUUCCGUGAGGACGCACAACUUCUGCUAGCUUCAAAAGAAAAAAGUGACGAAGAAGAAGAGGAAGAAGCUGAUAUAAAAUCGCUUUCUGUUGUACAAAGUAAUAGCCAAGCAAUUGGCAUAAACCGUAAAACUAAUUUAGGAUUGGCCAUAGAUCAUCUACAGAAAACAGAAAGGUCAAUUAAAGUGUAUAUAUAUGUUCUAUUAAUUUCUGUAAUCCUUAUACAGACUUUAGUUAUGAUUGCUUUAAAUGCUGGGAUUCUAGCACUUAUUUAUAUACUUAUAUACCAAGAUAGCUCACUAAGAAGCAUUUUUUGGUUGGCCGAAACAAAUAGUUGGUUUACCAAAUUCGUUAGCAUGCCUUAUUUUCUGGCUAACCAAAUUUAAGGAUGGCGAACCAAAAAAUGCUCCUUAGUGGGCUAUUCUUGGCAAGCAGGUAUAAGUUCGCCUCAAACACAAAUACUAUGAAAGUUUUUACUCAUCUCAGUAAUAUGAUGUACUUGGUGGGAGGACUCCCUGAUCUUAUGAGGAAUUUAUUUGUAGAAAUCGCUGUACCAGGCUCUUAUAACUUAACAGCAGACAUUAUCAAUUUAAAUAACACAAUCAAUGGACUUGACUCAAUGCAAGACACUUUGAUGCAAGAUCUCAACACUUGGACCUAUUGUGACGCUUCAUGGAUUGUGACAAAGCAGAUUAUCCCUGUGUGGCGAUUUGAUGAUCUCCCUGUAUUGCAAAAGCAUGACCUUAUGCGAACUCUGGAUUUAUUUAAAAAACAUGUACGAGCUAUUUAGGGGUACAGAAUGAUUGAUACAUUGACUGAAUCCACAAAUUAUAAUAUGCUGGACUAUAGAUUUCUGUGAUUAAACAGUCUGACUUUUACAUAUGAUUAUUUAAAUCAUGCUCUAGAACAGCUAGUAGAAUGUGAAAGAAAUAGAAUUGUGGUUUCAGGAGAAAGUAUACAAUACUUUUUAAUAUGUGGAAUUAUUGUGCUUGCCAUGUGUGUUGUGAUAUUAAUAUUCUUUACAUAUCUUGUGAAGCGCAAAUAUGAUCUCUUUUGAAGACAAGUAAAAAAGUCUAUUCAUAUUGCUUAUAUACAGCUUAAACAAGCGGUAAUAGAUAGACUGCUGCAAGUUCAUGGUGCAGAAAUGACUGGCUUCUCCCUGUAAGCAAGCAAAAUCAUUGGAAAAAUCGGGAAAAGCCACACUUCAAUAAAGAGCAAAAAUUAUUUUAAAAAAAUAAUAAGUGAUAAAUAUUAUUAUAAUGAAAUCGCUAGAUAAUUCUGAUAAUUUUAAGCUGUCUGCAUUUUAAACAUAAAUUUUUAUAUUCCAAUUUUGCAAAUUUUUUAAUCUCUAAAAAUAAUUAUUCCCUUUUGUGAGAGGGAGGAAAUUUUUUUUUCUCGCUCACGGAGGGGGAGUGAGGAAUCUAAAAAAUUUAUAAAACUUAAAGACUCCAAAACUUUUGAUGUAGAUACCAAAAUUGUAUAGCCCGCUCCCGGCUAUGGCUAUAGAUCCGGCUAUGCCCAAUCUUUGCCGGGACACUCGAGGAGUUGUCUGCGUCAAUUUUGGGUGACGAGUCAACUCCCGAGUUGGCAAAUAGCCACCAUAUAGUGAUUUGCCAGCUCGGGGAGUUGAAUCGUCACCUCGAAGUGACACAGACAACCCCCCGAGUUUCCCGGCAAAGAUCGGGCAUAGCCCGAUCUAUAGCCGGGAAUGGGCUAUAUUAAUAUUUGGGCGGAGGCUUUGCUUUUUUGUAGUUGUCUGCUUAACUUAUUAUUUCUUAACUGAAUUUUAUUUAUACGAUAAAUGUCAAACCUCGCUAAAAGAAAGACCCAAAAUUUUGGAGAAUUUUAUUGUUAGAAGAGCAAUGCUAGCUAAGGUUGGAUAUUACGCUAGAGAAAGCAGUGGAAGCAUAAUGCAGAUCUUUUUUCCUGACUAUUAUGAUAUUCCGAACCCGAAAAAAGAAUAUUUGAAUUUAAUAGGUGAAUAUAAAGCAAAAUAUAAAAAUCUAUGGGAAACAGAGAUUUUUAAUACUUUGUCAGGGGAAUUAAAGUCAAGGCUUUUUGAGCAUUAUGAUACAAUAGAUCGGCUUGAAUACUUUGGGAAUAUUCCUGCAGCUAAUCUUAUACUUUUUGAUUCAUAUUAUAUAAGCUCUCCAGGAAAGAAAGGAAAUUCCGAUUUAUAUACAUUUUUUUUGAAUUUAACAAAUUUACAGUCUGGAAUGGCUACGGAUUACAACCUUGCAGAUCGAGACUCAAAAGAUAGAAUAACUGCUAGAUUGAAUACAAUCAUAUAUUGAACUAUUGCGUUUUCCAUUGGUCUUGCUCUUCUAUUUCUGCUAUAUUAUUUGCCAUUUUUGUGUAAAGAGUUAAAAAUUAUGAAAAGUGCACAAAUUUUGCCAUCAUUGGUUCCUAAGUUCAAUGCGUAG